GCGGUGGAAGCGCUGGGGCGGGUGGCGCGGCUGGCCUCGCUCUGCCGGACCCUGCGGCGGCGGGAGGCCGAGGGGGACGAGGCGGGCUGGGCCCCGGCGCGGGAGGAGGCGGAGGAGGCGCGGCGGGAGCUGCGGGAGGUCGUGCGGCCCCUGAGGGAGCCCGGCUACCGGGAGGCCCUGCGGAGGAAGGCCGAGAGGGCGAGGAAGAGGAGGCUGCGCCUGCAGCGGAGGAAGCAAGAAGCCAAGGCAGCCAGGGAGGAGGAGGCGGCCCGGGCCGCCGAGCGGGAGGCCAAGAUCGACCAGUGGAGAGCCAAGUGCAUCCAGGAGGUGGAGGAGAAGAACCGGGAACAAGAACUUAAGGCUGCUGCAGACAGCGUCUUAUCUGAAGUACGGAAGAAACAAGCGGACACAAAGAGGAUGGUGGACAUCCUGCGCGCAUUAGAAAAGCUUCGCAAACUGAGAAAAGAGGCCGCUGGCAGGAAAGGUGUUUGUCCACCCCCCUCAGCAGACGAAGCAUUUGAAAAUCAGGUGGAGAGUCUCAAAACGUUGCUGAAAAAUCGCACAGAGCUGUAUGAAGCUGAGGAGAGAGCCUUAAGAGUUAUGUUGGAGGGAGAACAGGAGGAGGAAAGGAAGAGAGAAAUGGAAAAGAAACAGAAGAAGGAAAGGGAAAAACUACUACAGCAGAAACUCGAAAUUGAUUCCAAGCUGUUUGGAGAUCCAGAUGAAUUUCCUCUAGCCCACCUAUUGCAGCCCUUCAGAGAGUAUUACUUACAAGCUGAGCAUUCUGUAGCAGCUCUAAUCCAGAUCAGGCAUGAAUGGGAUCAGUACUUGGUGCCAGCUGAUCACCCUGAAGGAAGCUGCAUCCCUCCAGGAUGGGUUCUUCCGAGUCUCCCCACAAAUGACACUUGGGCCACUGCUGUCAGAUAAUUUAGUAAUAAAUUAUUUUAACAUUGGAGGAAUGUUUCAUUAUAAUUGCGCAUGUAAACAUGAGAGGGUCUGAGGAGGAAGUCUCAUCCUCUGUUUUGGUAGCCAGGUACUGUAGUGUCUUGAAGAAAAGCGUAAGAACUGUUUUUGCCGUCUGACUCUGCAGGGAAAUACCUGAGCAAGCCCAAAGCUGCUAGGGCUCUUGUGGCCUACAGUCCCGCUGCGAGUUUUGUUAACGCAUCUCAAUCUUAAUAAAGAAACAUUGCUGACAAGGGUAUUUGUGCCAGUAUUAACAUCCUAUUUUUAGUGGCUUUUAUCUUUAUAAGCCUAAAUCCAGAUGAUGAAAUCUCCAGAUAUCAAGAAGUUUAUCAAAAAUAAAUGAGAUAACUAGUAAACAUGUUUUUCUUCUUAAAUGAAGCAUGUCAGGCAUUACUGUCAAAAUAGUUCCUGUAUUUUUGUGUGUAGAAACGAACCUACUGCAAGUUUAAACAAAUCUGAAGUACAAACAAGACAGGAUUUUUCAAGGUUGAUUAAAGCAGCUGUUGACAUUUUACUUUUGUGGACUAAAACUGGUACCACAACAUGGAAAAAAUUCCCAGUUGUGGUGAAAUAGGUCAGACAGCCAUGUGAAUAUAUAUAAAUUUGAUGAAUAAGCCUGCUGGAAAAAAACAAUAAAACCUGAAGUCUAACCUACUGUACUUGUUUUUGCCUAUAUAGCUAUUUUUGUAUAGGGACGGAU